ACCCUCCCUCCCUUUGUUGAAAUACUAAGCAGGUAGCAGAGUCAAAACGCAACCCAGUUCAAAAAUAGAAAACCCAAACCCAAAAAAAGGCAACCCCACGUCCCACCCCAUACGGCUUGCUUCCUUGAUUUCAUUUGCACGUCCCCCCUCCAAUUUUCCCCAUUAUUCUCUCUCUCUCCUCUUUCUCUCCCUGAUUGGCAUGAGAAUCGAAGACUCCUUCUCUGUUUUGCAACAGGAUUUUCAAGACAACUGCAACAUUUCUUUUCUCUCAUGGCUGUUCAAGCUCGCCAUCUUAAUCUCUUCCAUCCUCAACUAAUAGGAGGAAACAGAGAAUUUCCGAUUCCGAUGGAAGGAGAUGCGAAUAUUUACAACACCCAAGUGGGUUAUGGACUUCCAUUACUCUCAGGAACUACCACCGCCGAAACUCUUCUUCCGCCUUACAAUUCCGCGAUCGUCGAUUCAGUUUCCCCCAAAACUGUAGCCUCCGCGACAAUGAAUUCGGAACUCCCUCUGCCAAGAAAGCGCUCUAGAGAAUGUAUGAACAGGAACCACCCUUUCGCCUCCUAUCCCAAGUCUUGUGGAACUUUCUCGUUUCUUGGCGAAGACAUCUCCCCUCAGAUCCAGCAGCAGCAACUCGACAUCGACCGUAUAAUCUCCCAACACUUGGAGAAGGUGAGGUCGGAAGUGGAGGAGAAACGGAAUAGUGAUGCGAGGAGGAUAAUGGAAGCGAUGGAAGUGAGUGUGAUGAAGAGGCUAAAAGCGAAGGAGGAAGAGAUGGAAAAGAUGGGGAAAUUAAAUUGGGCAUUAGAGGAAAGAGUGAAAUGUUUAUGUAUAGAGAAUGAAGCAUGGCGCGACAUGGCACAGACGAACGAAGAUGCGGUGAAUACGUUAAGAAGGAAUCUAGAAGUCGCGUGUAAAGUAAAGGAAGAUCGAAAGCAGAAGCAGGGAAUGGAGGAUGGAGGGAGAGCAUUGGUGGAGGAGGCGCAGUCGAGCUGCGGGAGCAACGAGGGGGAGGGGGAAGGAGAGUGGCGCGUGGUAGAGAAUAAUAAGAAUAAUAGGAAUACUGGGAGGAGGAGGAAGAGGUGGUGCAGAAGGUGCGGGAAAGAGGCAGCGAGUGUGGUGGUAUUGCCGUGCAGGCAUCUGUGCCUAUGUAGUGGGUGUGGGUCAUGGGUGCACGUAUGCCCCAUCUGUAAAUCCUCAAACAACGCCAGUGUACAUGUAAACAUGUCUCCUCUUUAACGAAGAUACUUUUGAUAUCAAUACAACUGCCCUCUUUAUUUUUAAUUGAUGUAAUGGGGAAAUUUAAGAGGCGAAAGGAAAAGGAUCUGAACAGGAAGGCGCUGGUUGAUAGGAUGGGAAUAAGCGGGAGGGAGGCAGCGGCAAUAAUGGGAGCCCAAGUUUGUUUUAUAUAUGUGUAAAAGAAGUGGAAAACGACGCCGUGGGGGCAACAUGCAUUGAAUAUUGUAGGUCCAAA